GACUCGGCCCUUGUGAGCCAGUCCUGCACUUACUGACCUUCAGGACCCUGUCCUCCCUCACCCAGACAGACUCAGCUUCCUCCAUGUGGAAAAGGACAGAGAAGACUGGGAGAGGCUGGCCAUGAGCCCCUGGCCCUCCACCCUCCUGGGCCUCGUGCUCUGCCUGGUCCAGACGAUCCACAUGCAGGAUGGGCUCCUGCCCAAACCCUCCCUCAGGGUCCAGCCAGGCCUUGUGGUCCCCCGGGGACAGCCUGUGACCUUCGUGUGCCAGGGCCCAGCUUGGGCUGAGUUCUACCACCUGGAGAAGGAAGGAAGACGCGUCUUCCUUUAUCACAAAGGUGUGUCUCAAGAGGGUCUGCCUGUGACAGAGGCCAGAUUCCACAUCCCCGCGGUGAGUGAUAUGACUGCAGGGAGUUACCGCUGCCUCUAUGAACAGGUGGAUGAGAGGCCGUCUCAGCCCAGUGAGCCCCUGGAGCUGAAGGUGACAGAGGAGGACUUCUCCACUCUGCACUCAGGCCCCGCCUCCCGGGAUUACACGGUGGAGAACAGCAUCCGCUUGGGCCUGGCAGGCGUGGUCUUGCUGAUCCUGGUGGCGAUUCUGGUGUAAGCUGGGCUCAGUCAGCGCAGGUCCCCACAGGGACCACAGGAAUAUACACAAGGGAACCCCCCAGAGAGAGGGGACCCCAGGACCCCAGCACGGAGCACCCAGCGUUGCCUCCCCCCACCCCCAGGCACCCAGCUGGGUGCUCCCAGAGCCGUGCCCGCUGUUGUUCAAGGACAAGAGAACCCAGGCCCACGUGGGUUAGGAUGCUUGGCCUCAACCUCUUAUCUUCCCAGGACCUUUGAGAGGAGUCAUCUUGAUUGACAGGCAGACAGACAGGGCAGUGCCCCAGGGGAAACAAAGGCAGGUGGAAGGGAGGCAGGGCAGACACUGCCACGUGAGCCAGCCUAACCACAGAAGCCAACCACGCAGAAAUAACAGGAUGAUUUUAGACUCAGAGGGGAGACACGUGCAACUAGGAAGGGGCUGCAACAUGAAGGUGAGCUGAGGCAUAGGAACCA